GUGCGACUAGGCCGAAAGCGGACUCGGAUCCUUCUUAAAGUUACUUUGCCAACACUGCCGCAGUUCCUCUUUGGAAACCAAAAUUCUUUCUGUGUGCGCGUGUGCAUGCGUGUCAAGAAUACGCCCCACGACUCGCCUCCACUUCCUUUCCUCCGCCUUCCUCCUUUGCUUUAAGGACCGGAAGAGUCCUUGAACCAAAAUAGCUCGACAGGCACUUCCGGGACCGGAGCCCAGGGUUCCCGGGCCGCGCAGGCAGGAGAGGGAAAGGCAGCGACGGCGGCAGCUGGAGGAUGAAGAAGGAGCAUGUGCUGCACUGUCAGUUCUCCGCGUGGUACCCGCUCUUCCGAAGCCUUACCAUCAAGAGUGUCAUUCUUCCACUUCCUCAAAAUGUGAAAGAUUAUUUACUCGAUGAUGGAACUCUGGUGGUUUCUGGAAGGCAAGAUCCACCACCAACAUGCUCUCAGCCAGACAGUGAUGAUGAAGCAGAAGAAAUACAGUGGUCUGAUGAUGAGAACACAGCCACGCUCACGGCACCAGAAUUUCCUGAGUUCACCACUAAAGUCCAGGAAGCUAUCAACUCCCUGGGGGGCAGUGUUUUUCCUAAACUUAACUGGAGUGCCCCAAGGGAUGCCUAUUGGAUAGCAAUGAACAGUUCUCUGAAGUGUAAGACCCUCAGUGACAUCUUUCUGCUUUUCAAGAGUUCUGAUUUCAUCACUCGUGACUUCACUCAACCAUUUAUUCAUUGUACUGAUGAUUCUCCAGAUCCUUGUAUAGAAUAUGAGCUUGUCCUCCGAAAAUGGUGUGAAUUAAUUCCUGGAGCUGAGUUCCGAUGUUUUGUCAAGGAAAACAAGCUUAUUGGUGUUUCUCAAAGGGACUACACACAAUACUAUGAUCAUAUUUCUAAACAAAAGGAAGAAAUUUGCAGAGGCAUACAGGAGUUUUUCAAGAAACACAUACAGUAUAAAUUCUUAGAUGAAGACUUUGUAUUCGAUAUAUAUAGAGAUAGUAGGGGAAAGGUGUGGCUCAUUGACUUUAAUCCAUUUGGUGAAGUCACAGAUUCACUGCUGUUCACUUGGGAGGAACUGAUAUCUGAGAAAAACUUGAAAGGUGAUUUUAGCGAAGGAGAUGCUCAGGAGCAGGAUUCUCCAGCUUUCCGUUGCACAAACAGUGAGGUCACAGUACAGCCCAGCCCCUACCUGAGUUACCGACUGCCCAAGGACUUCGUGGACCUCUCUACUGGGGAAGAUGCUCACAAACUCAUAGAUUUUCUUAAACUGAAAAGAAAUCAGCAGGAAGAUGACUGAUUAGAGUGCUAGAGUUCAAGACCCAGUUACAGAGGAAACCAUCGCCACUUCAGGACCUGUUCACAGGCCGCAGCUUCCUGUCCCCUUCACAGGGUGGGUGGGGCCGGCAGUGUGGACUGCAGCAGCUUUUUAUAUUCAUGUAUGUUCCCCGGGAAUAAAUGGAGGGACUUUGCUACUUGUAAAAAUGCCAUAAUAAAUAGAUCUUAAACAUAGGAAACCAUACUCUUCUGAUAAUAAAAUACUUUCUAUGAAAUAC